CCGGCGCGGCGUGGGACCGAGCUGCCCGCCGCUCCGCCAGGGGCCGAGCCGAGCCGGGACAAUCCGGGCCGAGCCGAGCCGGGACAAUCCGGGCCAGGCCGGCACGGAGAUGGGUGCGGGGCUGUGAGGGCGGCGGAGCCGGGGGCGGCCAUGGGGAACAUCUCCUCCAACAUCUCCGCCUUUCAGUCCCUGCACAUCGUCAUGCUGGGCCUGGAUUCCGCUGGGAAGACGACAGUGCUUUACAGGCUGCAGUUCAAUGAGUUCGUCAACACCGUCCCCACCAUCGGCUUCAACACGGAGAAGAUCCGCCUGAGCAACGGCACGGCCAAGGGCAUCAGCUGCCACUUCUGGGACGUGGGCGGCCAGGAGAAGCUGCGCCCGCUCUGGAAGUCCUACAGCCGCUGCACCGACGGCAUCAUCUACGUGGUGGACUCGGUGGACGUGGACCGGCUGGAGGAGGCUAAGACGGAGCUGCACAAGGUGACCAAGUUCGCCGAGAACCAGGGCACGCCGCUGCUGGUCAUCGCCAACAAGCAGGACCUGCCCAAGUCGCUGCCCGUGGCCGAGAUCGAGAAGCAGCUGGCUCUGCACGAGCUGACCCCUUCCACCACGUACCACAUCCAGCCGGCCUGCGCCAUCAUCGGCGAGGGGCUGACCGAGGGCAUGGACAAGCUCUACGAGAUGAUCCUCAAGCGGAGGAAGUCUCUGAAACAGAAGAAGAAGCGGUAGAAGCCCGCAGAUGUGCGGACGGGUGGGAGAGCAAACAAAGGAACGGAGGAGGAGAGAGAACCAAAGCGAUCCUUUUCUCGUUGGUUGUUUCUUCCCCCCCCCCCCCUUUUUUUUUUUCCGGUGUGUGCGUGCUUUUUUAUUUUUCUUUGCAUUUUUUGUCCCUUUCCGAAUGAAACGACGACAAUAGCGGUGAUAACAAUGCCAUUCCUGCAAGCCAAGCCCAGAUCCUGACUGCAGGAUCUCCUCCUGCUCUCCCCCCUUUGCCCGCAGCCCUAUCCCCGGCCAUAGGGCAGCAUGGAGCAGGGGUAGGGCACUGCUCCCAAACCCCUGAGCCCCAUGGCCGGGCUGGAGAUGCUCUGAGCGGGGCGAGAUGCCGCGGGCGGCCGAGAGCCCACGGAGCUGGGGCAGCCCCCUGGCUCCCCUCCAUCCCCUGACUGCUGGGGGGGAAGGGAGGCAAACCUAGGGGUGAACAGGGCAGGACCCUGUGCAAGUGCAUUUGAGAGAGGCCAAAGGUGAGGCUGAAGCUGUGCAAGGUCAGCCGGCUUGGAGCAACGCAGCAUGGGGGAAGACGACCAAGGGAUGAAACGUGACCAUUGGGACAGAACCCUGCAAAGGGGACAGAACCCUCGGAAGGGGGCAGAACGUGGCCAAAAGGACAAAAAGAAGGACAGAACCUGGCCAAGAGGACAAAAACCCCUCCAAAAGGACAACCCAAAGCCUCUGCAGGCUGGUUGUUUGAGGAAGCAGAUGAAGAGGACAGACAGCUUUUAUGCAAUGCCGCAGCAGCUGGAGGUGCAUAGCAGCUGGUGACUGGUGCUGAGCUUUAAGCUGUUUGCUUAAAAAACUAAAGAAAGAAGAUAGAGGAAAGGGGUGGUGAGGGGGAGGAGGGUGAAGCGGCACGGGGUCCAGGAGCCCCCGUUUCCUAAAGCUUGGUUGUGGCAUCUCCUGCAGCCAAAGCCACAGCAGGUGUUUGAUGGUGCCCAGGCAAAGGCAUGCUCCAAGGUGCUAAUUUGCUCCGAUUGGGGUGAUCCAAAAGCAUGGAUUACUUUGAAAAAGAAAAAAAAGCUUUGUAUACCACCACGUGGACUGGUCACCGUGCUGCUCUGCGACUUGGGGGGGGGGGAGCUUGGGGUUGGGAGGGGGUCUGUGGCAACAGAAGGCAGGACGGGUGGCUACCAGCACUGCAUGGUGCAAUGGGCAGAGCUUGCCCAGUCCUGCCAGAAGGUUGCAAAAUCCAGCAGGAAAAGGGACUCGGCAGAGCCGGGAUAAUGUAAAGAGUUGGGAGAAGCGGGGUGGGAAGCAUGGGGCAGAGGGGAGGUUAUUUUUCUAUAUGAAGAUUUAAACCCACUGAAAGCAGAGAAGCCCCCCAGUUGCCAGCAGGUCUGUUCCUGGUUUCUUGGAGGGCUGAGUGCUCGAGGCAGGGGCAGGCCCCGUGGUUUCCUUCUGCAGGUGGAGGUUUGGUAGCAGGGUGGGAGUGAUCCAGCCUGGAACCAUCUCCCUGCUGGACAAAGGCAGGGGCUCCGCUUCCCGCGCUUCCCACUGAAAGAAUGGGGGAGGCCCAGGCAGCCCUCGGGGCUGAACGUGCUGAAUUUCGAGCUGCAGUUGGGCAGGAUUUUGCAGUGGUUUUUACUGUUGGAAAAGCCUCCCCAUAGCAGCGGAGGAAACCACCGAGGAGACAAAGAAAUAAAUGCCCUCAGGUUUCAGGGAGUUGAUUCUCCCCUUGCAGCGAUGAGCGGAUGAGGACGGUACCUUAUACACGGUGUUUUGUUGGGGAAGCAAACGCUGUGGCCAGGCAGUGUGUCCCUUCUUGUGCAGGAUUUGAGCCCCUUUGAGUCCCCGACUUGUGCGUUGAGUGGGCUGGUCCCAUCCCUUCAGGAGGCUCUGUCCCUGCUUCCUUGGGUUUGCUUUGCUUAGUCUUCACCUCGAACACUCUGGUAAUUGCUGUUGGGAGAGAAAACAGUCUUCAGUUUUGAUGCCAUGGAAGCCAAAUUCUUUAACCUUCAUCAACAAAGUGGGGAACUCAUUUUUUCCCACCAUCUCAAAAGCGAGCAGGCUUUAAACAGAGCAAGCACAGGUGUUAGCUGUGUGCUUUGCCGUCUCACUGGCGAGAGGUGGGUCUUGGUUCUGCAGACACCAGCACUGAAGUUAUGGGGUGGAUGUCAGCAGAGCUCAGUCCUUCCCAGGGGCUGAGGACACUGUGCUCUGCUCAGCAUCCCCAUUUAGAAGCAUCUGCUUUCCAGCCGGGCUUUAGGCAUGUGCUCACCUUACAGCAUACCUGAAGGCUCGGGUGGGAUGCUGCCCACCAAUUCUGCUUUCUGCAAUAAUUAAAAUCACUUUUCCAAUUAGUA